AUGAAUACCUUGGGCUACCUAAAUCCUGAAAUAUCCAAGGAAUAUUAUUAUGAAAAUGAAAAAAUACAGCAAAACAAAGUCACAAUUAAAGGGAACCUUGGCCGGGUUGACCAUGUCACAGAGUUUGAGUAUGACCUCUUCAUUAGGCCAGACACCUGCAACCCACGCUUCCGAGUCUGGUUCAACUUCACCGUGGAAAACGUGAAGGAAUCACAGAGAGUAAUUUUCAAUGUUGUCAACUUCAGUAAAACAAAAAGCCUCUACAGAGAUGGGAUGGCUCCCAUGGUGAAAUCCACAAGCCGACCAAAAUGGCAAAGGAUCCCCUCCAAGAACGUGUACUACUACCGCUGCCCAGACCACAGGAAGAACUAUGUCAUGUCCUUUGCUUUUUGCUUCGACCGAGAGGACGACACUUACCAGUUUGCCUACUGCUACCCCUACACCUACACCCGCCUUCAGCACUACCUGGACAACCUCCAGAGGAGGAACAUGGACUACUUCUGCAGGGAACUGCUGGGGCUCAGCGUGCAGAAACGGCGGCUUGACCUCCUGACAAUAACCAGCCCCGCAAACCUGCGUCCAGGGGCUGAACAGAAAGUGGUGUUCAUCACUGCAAGGGUCCAUCCUGGGGAAACACCCUCUUCCUUCGUCUGCCAGGGUAUAAUUGAUUUCCUUGUGAGCCACCAUCCAAUUGCAAAAGUACUGAGAGAGCACCUGGUCUUCAAGAUUGCUCCCAUGCUCAAUCCUGAUGGAGUUUACCUAGGAAAUUACAGGUGCUCACUGAUGGGGUUUGAUCUGAACCGGCACUGGGCAAAUCCCUCUCCGUGGGCUCACCCCACCCUGCACGGAGUGAAGGAGCUCAUCAUCGACAUGUACAACAACCCGAAGAUUAACCUGGAGUUCUAUAUCGACAUCCAUGCCCACUCCACCAUGAUGAAUGGCUUCAUGUAUGGGAACAUCUUUGAAGAUGAGGAAAGAUUUCAGCGACAGGCUGUUUUUCCCAAGCUGCUCUGUCAGAAUGCUGAAGACUUCUCUUAUUCCAGCACAUCGUUCAACAGGGAUGCUGUGAAGGCUGGGACAGGCCGGCGCUUCCUCGGCGGGCUCCUCAAUGACACAUCCUACUGCUACACCCUGGAGGUCUCCUUCUACAGCUACAUCCUGGCUGGAGCUGCUGCUGCCGUGCCCUACACCGAGGAAGCCUAUAUGAAGCUUGGAAGAAAUGUUGCCAGGACAUUCUUGGAUUACUACAGGCUGAACUCCUUGGUGGAGGGACCACUAGCACCUACUCCUAAAACUCGGUAG